AAAAAUGUCUGUGACAACAACAGUGAUUACCUUAUUGGCUCAGCUCUAUGAUAUAGUACAAUUUAGGUUGCCACCAGGCCCAAAAUUUGUACCCAUCAACUGGGUAUUAAACACCCAAAAGUUCGGAUGCUGGAUCUGGCUGCUUUGCCUGAUGAUUUACUAUGAUAAUUGGUCAAGAGGAGCUUGGAUUUAUUUCUUUCUCCAUGGAACUUACGGACUAUCUUGGAUUGUCAAGGAUUUAGUAUUUCCAGAUGUUACAUUUAGACAAAAAGUCACUUUUGGAUCUGCCUUAAUUCUUAUUCUAGUACUUAUUACAUAUCUCCUUCCUGGAUAUCAGAUGAUGUCGAGAGUCGCAGAUAAUAACCCCUCAAAAGAAAGAAUUAUCACAGCUUGUGUAUGAUACAUUGUUGGAAUAUUUUUAAUGAUUGGGGCAGACUUACAGAAGAAUUAUAUCCUUAAACUUGGCGGAGGAUUGAUUUCAACUGGAUUCUUUAAAACUACUAGAAAUCCUAAUUAUCUGGGAGAAAUGUUAAUUUACAGCUCCUUUGCAAUCAUAUGAGGAAGAUGGGAAUUCUGGAUGAUAAAUAUCUUUGUCUGGCUAACACUCUUCCUUCCAAGGAUGGUUAUAAAAGACAUAAGUUUGGCUAAGAAGAAAGGAUGGGAAAACUAUGAUAGCUAUAUGCUUUUACCAAAACUAAGCUCUUCACAUCUUGACAAUUUUAUUAUAUACUCAUCAUUGGCCAUUCUUGGCUUGAUGUUGUAUAAGUCAUGCAUGUGUGAAAGCAACUUUUCAAAGUGUCAAUGAAUGGAAGAAUUGUCUACAUUACUAAAGUUUUAUCAAACUCCAAGUUUGGCUAACUUGACCAAAGAUUUGAAAGCCAUAAUCUCAUGUUUUGGUGAUAUUGAACUAUUCACUCUCCCAAGUUACUCGGUAAAUUUUAUGAAAUCUUAUUUGUAAA